AUGACAGUCAGGCUACUCGUCCAGCUCGCUGCAGUGACAGCACUUCUCUCUGGAGUUGUCGCUGUCCCAAAGCCUCCAGCAGGUGAUCCAACAAUCUCUCCGUCCUUGUACGAUGAUUUCGUGCGAGUCACCAAGUAUGCGGCGGCUUCGUACGCCAGUCAAUGCGCAAUGCCUCCGAACAACUCGACAGUCGUACGAUACUUCAACAAUGUCUCGACUGACACACAAGCCACAUUGUUCCGCGACGACACGCGCAGGGAGCUUGUGAUCGCUUUCCGGGGAACUUCCGACCUGCAAGACUUCUUGUCGGACUUUGCGCAAACGCUUGUGCCAUUCAAGGCCAUCGGCAUCGAUGAUUGUCCUGAUUGCAAGGUCCACAAUGGUACACUGACUGCCUGGAACUCGGUCUCCAACGAUGUUCUGUGGGCAAUGCAGGCGCAGCUGUUAUAUUUCCCAGAAUACAAGCCAAUCGUGACCGGACACUCGCUGGGCGGCGCUAUAGCAUCCGUGGCUUCGGCAUCGCUCGUUCAUUUCUUCACCAGCUUGAAAACGUACACCUUUGGCCAAUUCCGCACUGGGGACCCAACAUAUGCGGCAUACAUUGACCAAAUCCUGCCUUAUCCAAAAUUGUAUCGUGUGACGCACCUCAACGACGGCAUUCCCCAGACGAUCCAUCGCAGCAGCGGGUAUGCUCAUCAUUCGAGAGAGCAUUGGGAGCUAGAGCCGUUCGGUCCAUCGAACACAUUCAAAUGCAGUCCUGGGGACGACCAGGCUAGUAACUUUCGGCCUGGAGUUGCUGUACACAAUUUCUAA